AUGCUGCUUUCAAAAGAAGCAGGGUUCAAAGUCCAAUUUGCUACUGAGACUGGAAAGACCCCAGAAUGUGACAAGAGGAUGAUGGAGGGUAUUACUGGAAAACUUCUGGGCGCAAAAGCUGCUGUGGUAAAAGAAUACGAAUCCAUGCUCGAGUCAGAUGAGGCUCGUCAUCCGCUGUCAUGGACCGCGCCUGGUUUCUCGCUCGACGAGUAUAACCUCGUCCUCUUCCCUGGCGGACACGAUAAAGCUGUGCGACAAAUCAUCGACUCCGAGGAAGUGCACAAGCUGAUGCUUGACUACUUCCCCAAGACGAAGAAGCCGAGAAACAAUGCCGUAGGUGCGAUCUGUCAUGGCGUCAUGGUGCUGUCGUUUGCUAAAGGCAGCGAUGGUAAGAGCGUGCUUCACGAUUGUACCACGACUACACUACCUGGUGUCUUUGAGAGCUCCGCGUACUGGGCGACUAGGGCGCUUCUCGGUGAUUACUACAAGACAUAUGGCGCUGGUAGUGAGAACACGGAAGAUUCUGUCCGCCACCAUAGCCUCGUUGAUGAUAAGCAGUUCCUCCCCUCUUUCUUCUUUACUUCUGUGGCCUCGGAUUCCACUCCCAAGAAAUUACUUGCUGCAAUGGCCACGCCAAUUACUACAAGCAGUGCACAGUCAGUGGAUAUCGAUUUAUCCGCGCAGAGAGAUGCCGAGACAAGACCAGAGAUCGCCGAAAAGACGGCAUUGAUGGAGGUUUAUACAGCGACAGAAGGCGCCGCUAGACCUGGCGUUGGUGGUUCUGGGACAACUCACCUACCACUUCGAAAGUCCUCCCCUCCUCGGAUUCUGAGAAUUGGCACCCCUGCGCUGCUUCUGGUCAUUCCUCUUACAUACAUUAUUCUUCUGGCAAUCGUGGCCUCACUUCAUAACAAGAAGAAAAGCUCCUUCGGUGAGGAUACCCUUGAGGCUUUACAGCUGGCUGCAACUCUCUGGCCUAUCUCAUUCGCGGCGGUUAUCGGGCCGUUUCUCAAGACUCUUGCUUUGUUCAGCGCUGAACGAGGAACGACCCUCGGCUCGUUGGAGUUUCUGUUGACUGGCCAGACUACAGUAUCAACGUUGAAAAAUCUCUUUACCUUGAGGAUUCUUCGCAUAUGGACAAUUUCUAUUGCAGCAUUAUGGUGUUUAAGCCCUUUGGGCGGACAGGCAGUUGUUCGAUCGCUCGACUCGCGCACGAAUACGCAGAAUACAAACAUCCCUGCUGCGCAUUACUUCUCGCAGGUACCCCUAAUGGCUACCAGCGAGUACGCAUCGACGGGUUUUGAAGGAGAUAUAAACGCGUUUGCUGGUGGCACCAGGACAGCGUCAGCGUUAAGCGCAUUUCGAAGAACAGUUCUCGCUGCAUUAUCUGCAUCUGAGAUAUUGCUUUCACAUGCCAAUAACAUGUCAAGUCCCGAGUUCGAAACCGUUGUCAAAAAGCUAGGAGGGACGCCCCGGGCAGUUCGCCUGGGUCAACAAGAUCAAUGGCAGAAUGUCCGCAUUCCAUUUAUGGAGUAUCUCCCAGACUACGACGAUGGUAAUCCAAUGGCAUGGACGCCGGUGCCGUCAAAUCAAAUUGUCCCAUACUCUUCUUUUAUGGGUGUUCCCAUUCGCGGGGGGUCAUUUUCUCGGGUGGGCAAUUCCAGUAUGGUAUUGCAAUCGCGAUAUCAGAUCCUUAAGUGCGGCGAGGAAUUUGACGGCCGCCCUUGGCUACAACUCCAAUAUUCUGAAGAAAAACCAAAGGUCUUUUGGCACAGAACGAAUUCAACCUCUUACGGGUCACUAGCUGAUCAGGAAUCCCUGUUGAACUACUAUGCUAACCUUGGGACCCGCCCAAGUAUGUGGUUGGACCUCGUUAACGACAACCUCACCUGGUAUCAUAUAUACCCGACUCGAAACCGGCUCGAGCCCGAAUCAUACCUACAGAUGGUUGUUGGGGGUGACUGUCCAACGGGCUGGGGAAAGUCAACACCCACGCUUCGCGUGUGCAACGUUAGUACCUCAAAUGUUGACGCUACCGUAAACUGCACGCGAUCGGGUGAGUUCGGGGAUUUGGAAUGUCGAACCACGCAGAUCCGCAGGACGAAAGAUCCAAGGUUCUCGUCAAAUUUAACUGACCUCUCUGACGCGUCACUUGCCCAAGGGAUAUUUUUCGAAAUGCCGUUUACAACGGCAUCGUAUACGAGGGGGGAACCAAGCUCUCUCGAGAAAUUCAUCUAUGACCCUCUAAACAUGUACAGCGACAUAGACGAUCCCGUUUGGCCUUAUUUUGCAGGCUGUUUCACAAACAUAUCCCGAGCACACUUCGAAGGUGCUGACGGAACUACCCUUUCUGGGCGUAACGACCUUUGGCAUAAUACCACCGCAACCUGGACCGAAUUCACCGAGAAGCAGUAUACCAUGAAUGCCGCAUGGUUCUGUGUUUCUGCGAUAUCAACACUCAUACUAUUGGCUUGUACCAUAGCCAACAUUGUCAUUCGCCAGAUUAUUGUGGCUCCUGACUUCCUUGAAAGCAUUGACGGGCUGACGCGAGACUCUCCUUACAUCAAGAUUGCUGGUGAUUCUCCCUACACGAGAAGUGGCGUCAGUGCAGGAGAUCGACUUCUUGUAACAAAGAAAAUAAGGGUUCAGAUACAGGAUGUUCAGCCCGACAUGGAUCUUGGAAAGAUUGCUCUUACUACAGAGGAAGGACACAUCAAGACUUAG